UUGCAGGCAGUUGCGUAUUCGGAGCGAAGCAAAAUCAAAUGCAUCGGCAUCACGAUUGAAACUCGUCCUGACUAUUGCCUCCCGAGACAUCUUAAUGACAUGCUCCUUUAUGGAUGUACUCGGCUUGAGAUUGGAGUCCAGUCCACUUACGAAGAUGUAGCUAGAGACACUAAUCGAGGACAUACGGUUAAAGCCGUCUGUGAAACGUUCCACAUGUCUAAGGAUACCGGAUAUAAAGUUGUUAUCCACAUGAUGCCCGAUUUGCCUAAUGUCGGACUGGAACGUGAUAUUGAACAGUUUGUGGAGCUUAUUCGAGGCAAGAAGGAAAGCAACAUGCUCAAUGACUCACCGUUUUUUGAAUGGCUUCUUUUACGGUCUUGA